GGGCUGUUGAAGAACAUCAAGAUGGUUGGUAGUCGUGUCCAACUUUUUUUAACAUUUUUUAUCCUUUCUCAUUCUUGUUUGAGUGGAGUAGUUUGCAAUGAAAGCAAAGAGAUUACCAAAUCUAAUGAACUAAAGGAGAAAGCCUCCAUGGAUCAAGCUAUUUUACCAAGUGUAUCCCUGGUAGAAGAACGAAAAUCUUUGAACAACGAUAUGAACACUAGAUCGCCAAAUGAAACAGAUGGUUUAGAAAGUUCUUUGGAAGAGAAAAAGGCCAAUAUACAACAAGAUCUUGGAAAGACUAAACAGCUGAAUGAUGAGCAUAAAAAAGAUUUAGAUGGGCAGUUAGAAGGUAUUAAUGUAGAUGGUUUGAAGGGUGAGAAAAAGGAUGAAGACGGAAAAAAGGAGGAAGACGGUAAAAAUGGAGAGACUAAAGAAAAAAGUGAAGAGAAACAAGAGGAGAAAGGAUUAGAACUGAAAGUUUUAAAAGAUGAUAACUUUGAACAUCUUACUCAAGCGGCUACAGGUGCAACAACUGGUGAUUGGUUAAUUAUUUUCAUGAAAAAUAAAGAUUGUGAAAAGUGCACAUUGGCUGAAAACGUCCUAAAAGUUCUCCAUGAAAGAAUGAAGCAUAAAUUGAAUGUGGCUAAAGUGGAGAAAGAUCGAUCAACUAAAUUGACCUAUAAACGAUUUGGUUUGGAAGAUGACUUGCCUGUCAUAUAUUUGUUUCAUCAUGGAAAGCAGUACUCUUAUGAACGUAACAUAGAUGUUGAUGACAUUGCCAGCUUUGUUGAUGGUGAUUAUCAAGUUGCACCAUGGAAAACUGUCAAGAAACCUUACACUUGGUUUGAGUUUUAUCUUGAAGAGACUCAAAGCGAAAUGAGCCAUAUGUUGCGUUAUAAGAAAAACGUCUCAGUGAUCAUCUUUCUCGCUGGAUUUAUCAGUGCUAUUUUUGUGGCUUCCAUAUGCGGUACAAUUAUGUUUCACUUGUUGGAAAACUUUAAGGACGACGAUGAGUUACCAAUAACAAAAGUUGAGCAAAAAACAGUUAAAGAUCAAAUUGCCGCAAAGAAUAAAUCUGAUUGAAAUCUGUCGAGCACAUAGCGGUUGGGUGUUGCGUCAAUUUAUCUUCUAGAAAUAUAUAGUCAAUGGUCGAUCGAUUUUUAUUGAAUGCUCAGUAAAUUUGAUUAAGUUUUAUUGACUAUGACAUUGAUGUGUGAAGAAACUACGAUGCGAUAUUUGUACUUAUGAAAACACAAAUGUUAUUUAUGAAGAAAAAUGUUAGCAAGAACACCUGCCUUAUAAGCAUUGCAUAUGUUGGUUUGACAUCUGUACAUAACCGCUAACUUUGCGAUAAUCUUGAACUUAGGGAAACAAUUAGACAAAACAUUUCAUCUUUUUAUAGCAAGCACGUUGUAGCUCUUGAUCGUAGUAUCUAUUUAAAGGGAGAAAUUUACUGUUUCUCUGUUCUUUUGUAAAAUAUCAUUGUUUGAUUUAAAAAUCAUUCACUUCAUUCAACAAAA